AGAGAGAGAGAGAGAGAGAUGGCGAGCUGUUCUUGCUGUGAAAGGAGUGGACUGAAGAAGGGAACUUGGUCUCCGGAGGAAGACAAGAAGCUCAAGGAUUUUAUUACUAAACAUGGAUGUUCCAACUGGCGCCAACUUCCCAGGAUUGCAGGACUGUCAAGGUGUGGGAAGAGCUGCAGAUUGCGCUGGUUGAACUAUCUGCGGCCAAACAUCAAGAAGGGGAACUUCAGCAAGGAAGAAGAACAGAUUAUCAUUCAGUUGCACCAGUCACUUGGGAAUAGAUGGUCUGCCAUGGCUGCGCAGUUACCAGGAAGAACAGACAAUGACAUCAAAAACCACUGGCACACCUACAUCAACAGAAACUCAAGGCAAACCCCAAUCUCAAGACCCAAAAACUCUAGCUCCAAUCAUCCUUGCAGACGCAAAAAGACUGGACAAAAAAGAGUAGCAUCACAACACAAGAUUAAUUCUUCCUCAAACUACUCUUUUACUCUCGAAAUCUUUGAAAGCUCGCACUUCUCACUGCCGCCGUCGUCCUGUGAAUCAAGCUCGCCGGCGCUAGAUUCUGCGACGAUGAACUCGACGAGCGUCGCCGCAGAGAAUGAUGCUUCGCCUUCCGAAGCGUUGGCCGAAACGGCCGGAAGUUUUUGGACGGAACCGUUUCAGGUAGACAAGUAUGACACCACGAACGAUUUUCAGGGAAUUUUCUCGGCUCAUUCUCCGGUUUCCGGCGAGGAAUUUCUAGAUUCAUAUGGCAUGUGGGAGGAGUAUGAGAAUGUAUUGAACUGGUAAAUGGAAUCUAGAAGAAACUAGCUAGUUUAUCCAUUUUCCCUGCAUCGAUCUCGCUGGCCUUUGGAGCACAAAAUUUUUAGCCCUAAACGAAAUGUGGAAUGAACGUAACUGAUAACAUCAUUUUUAAGGGCUUUUUGGACUUCAACUUAUGCAGAUGGU